AUGAUCACCUUUACACCUCUCGCAGGCUCUGCAAAGUCAAAAUCGACUACACCUCUUUCCUACGUCCUCCAGGUCGACGAUGUUAGGAUUUUGCUUGACUGCGGCUCCCCAGACUGGGUGCAGGAACCGUCACCGUUCCAGGAUGGCGCUGACAUGGAGGACGAUUCGAAUGUGAAGAGCACGAGCCCACCAUGGCAAGCGUAUUGCGAGGCAAUGAAAAAAGUUGCACCGACUAUUGACCUUGUACUUCUCUCUCAUGGCGACCUCGCUCAUUGUGGAUUGUAUCCUUGGGCCUAUUCAAGAUGGGGUUUGACUGCGCCAGCCUAUACUACGCUUCCAGUUCAAGCUAUGGGUCGCAUCGCUGUGACUGAAGAUAUCGAAGGCAUUCGUGGUGAAAUUGAAGUCGAUAUUGAAGAGCCUGUUGAGGAAGACGCGCAGAAGCAGGACGGUGGUUUGGAAGUCGAAGAACAGGAAAAGGCACUGCCGACGAUGGGUGCCAAAGGGAUGUGUGUUGCAACACUGAUAGAGGUUCAUAACGCGUUCGAUUCUAUCAAUACGCUGCGUUAUUCGCAGCCUAUCCAUCUACAAGGAAAAUGCCAGGGCCUGACUAUCACACCUUUCAACGCUGGUCACUCGAUCGGUGGUACAAUAUGGAAGAUUCGUUCUCCAUCGUCUGGCACUAUUCUCUACGCCGUGAAUCUGAACCACAUGAAGGAGCGGCAUUUGGAUGGGACGGUUAUGAUGGUACGGCCUGGCGGCAGUGGGGUGUUCGAGUCACUUGUACGGCCCGAUUUGCUAAUCACGGACGCCGAACGAGCCUCUGUCAUCACGAGUAGAAGGAAGGAUCGCGACGCUGCCCUCAUUGAUACAAUUACUGCCACUCUAACUUCGAGAUCUUCCUUGCUCCUCCCAUGCGACUCGAGCACACGUAUCCUCGAACUCCUUGUCCUUCUUGACCAACAUUGGAAUUACUCUCGCCUCACGUACCCAAUAUGCCUCCUCUCCCGAACAGGUCGAGAAAUGUUGACCUUUGUCCGAAGUAUGAUGGAAUGGCUGGGCGGCACGAUCAGCAAAGAAGACGUAGGGGAGGAAGGGAAUAAGCGUCAAGAUAGGAACAAGCGGCGAAGAGACGAUGAAGACGGGGUCGAAGAGGCCCUUGGGGCAUUGGCUCUUCGCUUCAAACACCUCGAGUUCUUCCCGAAUCCACAGGCGCUGUUGCAGAGACAUUCGUCAAAGGAUCCGAAGCUGAUCCUUGCGGUCCCCGCUUCCCUUUCGCAUGGCCCUUCGAGACAGCUGUUUGCGGAUUUUGCUGCAGUUCCUGACAAUGUCGUCUUGUUGACAACUCGGGGGGCUGAGGGUACACUGGGUCGUGCGCUAUUCGACAAGUGGAACAACUCGCAACGGGGAGAUGAUAAGUGGGACAAGGGGAGGAUUGGGCGGAAUGUCAUGAUGGACGGGGCUAUCAAGAUUAAGAUGUACCACAAAGUGCCUCUUCAAGGGGCCGAACUGGAGGAAUACCUCGCAAAAGAACGCGCCGCAAAAGAAAAAGAAGCAGCCCAGCAAGCAGCUAUGGCCCGGAAUCAGCGAAUGUUGGAAGCCGACGAAGACGACAGUGACUCUGAAUCCGACUCUGAUUCUGACGCCGACGACGAAGAGGAGGUGCGGGAGGCGUUGGGUGGUGACAUGGACGUGGAUGAGGCGGGAAAUCGGAGACGUCGGAGAGGCAUGAAAAAGUCUUCUGACGGGGCAGACUGGGGGGAUGGCGAUGAGGGGUACACAAAACAAUUGCUUUCAUUUGACAUUUAUUUGAAGGGCAAAGUCUCAAAAUCGACGUCUUUCUUUAAGAGUGUCGGAGGGCAAACGCAGAGGUUCAGGAUGUUCCCGUAUGUGGAGAAGAAGAGGAGAGUGGACGAGUAUGGUGAGACUGUUGACGUCGGAUUGUGGUUGCGGAAGGGAAAGGCGCUGGAGGAGGAGGCCGAGAAGAAGGAGAAGAUGGAGGAGGGAGCUACCAUCGAGGAGGAAGACAAAAUCGCCGAACCUCCCUCAAAAUAUGUUACGAGCGAGGUCGAAGUUCAAUUGGCCUGUCGACUGUUGUUCAUUGAUAUGGAAGGUCUCAACGAUGGUCGUGCUGUCAAGACCAUCGUACCCCAAGUCAACCCUCGAAGGAUGAUCGUGGUUCAUGCUUCAGAAGAGGCUACCAAUGCUCUUAUCGAGAGCUGUGGCAGUAUCAAAGCUAUGACCAAGGAUAUCCUUGCUCCGGUGGUUAACGAAUCGAUACAAAUUGGUCAGCAAAUCAACAAUUUCUCGAUAUCCAUCAGCGAUGAAAUGUUGGCUUCUUUGCGGAUGUCGAGGUUCGAAGAUAACGAGAUUGGCUAUGUCAGAGGACGGGUGGUCAUGCACUCCAACUCAAUCAUUCCCAUCCUCGAACCCGCGUCCUCGGCCUUCCCGUCUUCUCAAACCCCAACGACCAAGCAAGUCCUCAACAAACGCAAACUUGGAUCGCGGCCUCAAGUCGCGCUCCCCCACUCGACCAUGAUCGGAGAACUGAAACUUACAGCUCUCAAAGCGCGUCUGGCCAAGGUGGGCAUCCAAGCGGAACUGGUUGGAGAGGGUGUUUUGAUUUGCGGUGCUGGAGUGGGCUCGUUGGACAACUUGGCUGAGACAGUAGCGGUAAGGAAGGUAGCGAGUGGGAGGGUAGAGUUGGAGGGCAACGUGUCGGACGUGUAUUAUACCGUUAGGAAGGAGAUUUAUCAACUGCAUGCCUUGGUUGCUGCUGCUUAGAUUGCACGUCCAGUUGAACUUUCUUGUGCUGUCGGAGUGUAGUUUAGUAUAGUGUAUUAAUAUUGCUUUGAAAUUCUC